AUGGAUGAUUUUCAUGAAGGCAUUGUCUUCUAUAAUUGUCAUAAGUUUGCCUUCCUCUACCCUGGUCAUAUUUUCACCAUUUGGGAAUGGCGAACGAUUACACGUGAGAAUCACUAUGUUAUAACUGAACCGGUACUGCCAUCGGAUAAAUGUUUUGGCCGAAUUCAUGGAAGGCAAGAACCCAUUUUAUCUUUGGGAGAUUCAGAUAGUAGUGUUCCUAAGGUUGCUUCAACAAAAGCUUCAGAGGAUGAGCACUGCUUCAAGUUGCUACAUCCAAUCAUCCGUCCAUUGUUUUUCACUGAUUCUCGCGAAGAAUACGUUAUUCGACUGAAUCGUACUACUAGCGGGAUAAAGCCACCCGGAUUCAUACAUCUUCAAGGAAAAAAGGACAAGUUGAAGGUACAGUUGAGAGCGCGAAAGUCAAUCAAUCAAUUAUUAAGAACGAAAGGUGGAUCAGACGAAACGGUUUUGCUAACAAAUCAAG